AUGAACCUUUCAAAUAGCAGUAGUUUAAAUUUACUCGAUUUACCCAAUGAAAUUCUACUCCUUAUUUUUAACAAAUUGAAUACCGUAGAUGUGUUCUAUUCAUUGAUCGAUAUUAAUGACCGAUUUAAUCAAUUGUUAUUCAGUUCACUUGAUAUUAGUCAUUUUGACAUGACAACUAUGUCCAUGGAAUCUUAUUAUGAUCGUGCGUUUUCAAUAGAUGAUGCUCUUCUUGCAAGAAUCUACAAAGAACUUUCACCUCGACUAUCUCAUGAACUAACGCAGCUGACUGUUGAAGAGAAUUCGAUGGAAUACAUUCUAAAGAAUACUGCUUGUCCCAAACUUCAUUCAUUGUCGCUUGUCAAUUUUCAAGAAGAAACUCUCCUUCAAUCUUUAACAGCUAAUUCAAUUCUUCGGCUUCUUCUCGCACAGCAAAUUACACAUCUUACAAUUGAUGUUCCAUAUGAUCCACAAAUUGAAUCUUACGAUGUUCUGUCAAAUGUAUUUCUAUUGAUCUUAUCUUUAUGUGAAAGACUGGUUUAUUUGAACGUUGGUCAAGUCUAUUCUGAUUGUAAUGCGUUCAUUUCAACUGACAACCUUCCACCACUAAACUGUGUUCCUGCAACUUUAACUACCUUAAAAAUUAAUGUGGCAACCUUUGAUGAUUGUCUUUAUCUUGUUGAAUAUCUCAAAUCUCUUUCAACUUUGAUCGUCAAUGUGAAGAAAAUAGCUUUAAAACUGUCAAACAUCAGAAAUACGGGAGAAAUACGCAAUCUAAAGUGUUUCUCAUUGAUUUCGAUAGAUUAUACAAUUCAUUAUGAUGAUCAAGUUGUUCCACUCCUUCGCCGAAUGAUCGAUCUCAACGAGUUGACAUUAUUCUUAACAGUUCUCGAAUCGUUCUCAACAUAUGUCGAUGGCGUUCGAUUAUACAACGAAAUUCUUGUUUAUCUUAGAAAACUGAAUAAAUUUACUUUCAGUAUUAACACAGGUGUUAUCAAUGAAAAUGUGAUAAUUGAUCUCCCAUCACAAAGAGAUGUUAUACAAAGUUUCAUGGGAAGAAAAAGCGAACAAAUUGGUGCAUAUGUUGAUUAUAGAAAACAUGACAAUGUAGGCAUUUCACGUGUUUAUUCACUGCCAUAUCAAUUUGAAUAUCUUGCUAUGGUUGGCAGUUCGUUUCCUGGUGGUGCAUUUCGAAAUGUUCAAUAUUUAUUAAUGAGUGAUGGAAAUUCUUUUGAACAUAGUUUAUUCGUAUUUAUCUCUCAAGAACGUCCACUUCUGAAAAGGCUACAAAUUGACAAUUGUCAUCCACAAAAGAUGAAGACACAUGCACCGGCAUUGAUUAAAUUUCCUUAUCUUAUCUUACUCGAUCUGACAUCAGCACAUUUAGAUUAUGUUGAACAAUUUCUUUGUGAUAAAGUUACAUGUCUACCAUCGUUGUUGGACUUAUGCAUCACGUACGAAUUACUCACCACUGUGACAAACAAUUUUACCAAUGAAUCGAUGCGUCGAAAUUGUGCUCAAUUGAAGAGACUUCAUACCAGUUCGACGAUUCAUGCGGAUAAGUUGCAUCAUUAUUUUCCUUUGUUGCGAAGGAUAUCUUAUUAG